AUGCCGGCAAAUGGUGUCGAGAGAAUGGCAUUCGGAACGGGGGUGAUCGCUGCCGCAGCCGGUGCAAUGGAACCCCGACUUACGUCCCCUCCGGUCCCAUCAAUCGCGCUCUGCUUGGAGCCGGUGGAUCUCUUCUUCCUCAUCGUCGGUGUCGGAGUGGGAGUCGCCGUCGCCGUGAUGGGUGGUCAUUUCUCGGUGGCUGGUCUCUGUGGGCCUUGUCGGUGCUGGGGUUGCUUUGUUGGUCGCUGGUCGCUCCGUUGCAUUUACCUGCCUCAUCCGGGCCGCCGACUUGCGGGUGGCUUCGGAUGCAGUCACCUCAGCGAGGGUGUCGGCGAGGGAGAUGUCGCCCUUGGCCAUCAGCCGGCUUUGCAACACGGGGUCUCUGAGCCCGAGGACGACUCAGUCGUAACUCAGGAUUUGGAGAAUGUUAAUAUAGAACACCUGACAUCUUUUCUCCCUGUCGGUGAUACAUUUCAAAGUUCAUCAAUCAAGAACUCGAAGCUUUCGUACUUGACACUGAUUCCUCCUCCUCCUUUUGAACAGACCAUCCCCAGCCUGAAACCGGGUAGCCACUCCAGCCUCAGCAGCCUUCCCAAGCACAGCCCCAAUGGCAACAGCCCAGUGUCAGCCGGUGCUCUCCAGACUCCAGAGUACCCAUGGAUGAAAGAGAAAAAAGCACCCAAGAAAAACUCCCUGCUGCCGCCUGUCUCAGCCUCCGUCCCUGGACAAGCUUGUCUGAGUCACAAAGAAUCUCUGGAGAUCUCUGAAAAUGCUAAUGGGGGCUCCAGGAGACUAAGAACUGCUUAUACCAACACGCAACUUUUGGAGCUGGAGAAGGAAUUUCAUUUCAACAAGUACCUGUGUAGACCAAGGAGGGUGGAGAUCGCUGCUCUCCUAGAUCUGACAGAGAGGCAAGUCAAAGUCUGGUUUCAAAACAGGCGAAUGAAGCACAAGAGACAGACCCAGUGCAAGGAGAAUCAGAAUAGCAAAGGGAAAUGCAAAGGUUUGGGGGACCCCGAGAAAACCGAAAAGGAGAAAUCUCUUUUUGAGCAAGCCCUCAACGAAGUCUCAGGGGCUCUUUUGGACAGGGAAAGGUACCCUUUUCAACAGAAUGCCCUGGAUCAGGUGCCUCCAAGCCUCCACAACAGAGAGUCCCAAACUUUUCCAGGUUUGACUUUAACUAGCAAUGAGAAAAAUCUCAAACAUUUUCAGCACCAGUCACCCACUGUUCCCAAUUGCCUCUCAACAAUGGGCCAGAACUGUGCAGCUGCCCUGAACAAUGACAGUCCGGAGGCCCUGGAAGCCUCUUCUUUGCAGGACUUCAGCGUUUUCUCUGCAGAUUCCUGCAUACAGCUUUCUGACGUCUCCCCCAGUUUGCCACCAUCCCUCGACAGUCCUGUAGAUAUUUCAGCUGACAACUUUGAUUUUUUCACAGAUACAUUCACCACAAUUGACUUGCAGCACCUGAAUUAUUGA